CUCGUGAUGACAACCAUCACACCAUCCAGAUAGGACGACUGCUGAUCAGAGUUGUGUUAAUCAUUCAAAGACCUGAGGAUUUAUUAUUGUAUCGGAUUUUGCAGCAUUUGUCAUUAGUCGUGCAGUGUACAGUAUGAGUAAGAAGAUCGUCCUGGUCACUGGAGCGAAUAGUGGCAUUGGCUUGGCUCUGUGUGAGCGUCUCCUCACACACAAUGACCAGAUCCACCUGUGUCUGGCGUGUAGAAACAUGCAGCGGGCUGAAGCAGCCCGCACUACCCUGCACACCUCCCACCCUGGAGCAGAUAUCUCCCUGCUCAAAGUCGACGUUGGCAGCCUGCAGUCUGUGUUGGAGGCAUGUAAGGAGAUCAAACAUAGGUAUAAGAAAGUAGACUACCUAUACCUGAAUGCAGGGAUCAUGCCCAAUCCUCAGAUAAGCCUUAAAGCCUUUGUGAAUGGCCUGUUCUCCAGGAAGGUGAUCAGUAUGUUUGCCACCGGGGAAGGUCUUCUGACGCAGCAGGACCGGGUCACUGCAGACGGAUUGCAGGAGGUUUUUGUCACCAAUGUCUUUGGACAUUUCAUAAUGAUUAGAGAGUUGGAGCCUUUACUGUGUCAGCCUGGAAACACAUCCCAGCUGAUAUGGACAUCAUCCAGCAAUGCGAGAAGCUCUGCGUUCAGACUGGAUGACUACCAGCACACUCGAGGAGUGGAGCCCUACAGCUCCUCUAAAUACGCUUCAGAUCUGCUGAGUGUGGCAUUGAACAGGCACUAUAACAAACAGGGCCUGUAUUCAUCUGUAACUUGUCCUGGACUUGUGAUGACAAAUUUAACUUAUGGCAUCCUUCCAUCAUUUUUCUGGACACUGAUUAUGCCAAUUAUGUGGCUGAUUAGAAUAUUCACCAACACAUUCACUCUUACUGCUUACAAUGGAGCAGAGGCUUUGUUUUGGUUGUUUAAUCAGAAGCCAGAAUCAUUAGAUCCUCGAGCGAAAUACCACAGCUAUACUUCAGGACUGGGAAACGGUUACACUAAGCCACAAAAGAUGGACCUGGAUGAAGACAUGGCAGAAACAUUCUAUGAAAAAUUACUAGAGCUGGAAGGCAGAGUGCGAGACAAACACAAAUUACAAGAGGAUGGAAGAUAGAUGCACUCUGGCUUGUCAUGGACCAUACCAUUUAUAUUGCUGCUUUCCAGUACAAACGACAUCUGCAGUCCACUGUUAAAGGAAUUUAAAGAUGUCUUUAAGUUCUGUACCAUACCAGUAAUUUGUGAGGGAUUACAAAUCUAGGUUUUGGGGUAAAUAGGGAGGUGUGCAGCCUUUAAUCAUUUAUUUAAUAUUGUUUGAGAUCUGCUGGUUUAAGAAAACUACCAAAAUAGCACUGAAUACUAGUAACAGGUUUGUUCUUCACUGGAUGCCUGCCAGAGAGCUUUGCAAAAUGAAUAAUACCAAAGUGUAUGCUGUAAAACUGGCACUAGUGCAGGUAAAACAAAACCUAAAAAAGACUAAACUACCCUCAACUGCAGAUAUGAUUAGUUGGGAGUUUAGUAUGAUUGUUACUUGUCUUUGAUUGUCUGUGGCAGCUUUGCUUUAAUCAUAGACCAACACUCUUUUCAAAGCAGAAAUACAAUUCUAGAUUAUGUCAAUGUUUUACAGACACCCUAGGUGUGGUGCAAGCGAAUCGUGGAGGCAAUAAUUGUGAGGAAAAAGUUUUAUUCAAUGUCAUUGUUAAUUAUGUUAUAUUUGACUCAGAUGUGUUUUUUGUUUUAAAUGAGAAUUGAGAAUGUUUUAAAACAGUGAAAUAAUUACUGUAACCUAAUCUCGCUUUCCACAGGUGACCUCUGUAAACAAGGUUGACUAGGUGUUAAAAUCAAUUAACGUAUUAUUAUUAUUAUUAUUAUUAUUAUUAUUAUUAUUAGUUUAUUUAGCAGACGCCUUUAUCCAAGGCGACUUACAGAGACUAGGGUGUGUGAACUAUGCAUCAGCUGCAGAGUCACUUACAAUUACGUCUCACCUGAAAGACGGAGCACAAGGAGGUUAAGUGACUUGCUCAGGGUCACACAAGGAGUCAGUGGCUGAGGUGGGAUUUGAACCGGGGACCUCCUGGUUACAAGCCCUUUUCUUUAACCACUGGACCACACAGCCUCCUGUAAUAAAUAUAAUUUGAAAACACUUCAAUAAAAACAGAAAUACAUUGUGCGUUGAAUAGAUUAAUGUUCUUCCUAUUUUUAUCAAUAAUUAAUACACAAGAUAAAUUAAAAUUCUAUUAACUGUUUAGUUUGUUUUGCUUAAUGCAAAAUAUGAUGUACUGUAAGUAGAGGCUUCACUGCUGCAUAUAAGAACAUUGAUGUGAACAGAAAUGUGAUCAGAAUAAAAAGGGGUAUUUACCCUUUAACCAACUCUGUGUAUGCUCUGUUACAUUAGAGAAAACUCGGCUUCUUUCAAGUGGUUAGGUGAGCUCAUUCAAGCAAGGCUGGCAGGUGAGAGAAGGUUGAGGUGGAACACCACAAAAAGCUUUUGUUCUCUUUGAGUGUGCCACAGUAAAGCUUCCAAGAAAUCUUCUACAAAGUGUUUAAGUUUGUAAUCGGUUGAUUUCAGGGUUCAGGAAUUUUGCUGACCCUCUUUUCGCCUAAUCGAACAAUUUUAAUUUGAUAUUUUCCAACUCAAAGGCUGCACAAGAAAGCAGUAACAGAAAUUAAAAGCAAAACAUACUUACAGUACAUAAGGCAUUGGUCUUGUUUCUCAUACCGUAGUUUUAGCGCAAUGCAUGUUUGUCAAAAAACCUUAUUCAUAAAACAUGCAAGGCA